AUGCAGAUUUUUGUGAAGACACUUACGGGAAAAACUAUAACCCUAGAAGUUGAGCCUGCUGAUACAAUAGAAGCAGUUAAGGCGAAAAUUCAAGAUAAAGAAGGCAUCCCACCAGACCAACAACGUCUAAUUUUUGCUGGCAAACAACUGGAAGAUGGACGAACUCUUUCCGACUAUAAUAUACAGAAGGAAUCAACACUUCAUCUUGUCCUCCGUCUUCGUGGUGGUAUAAUAGAGCCUACCUUGAAGGCAUUAGCUCAAAAGUAUAACUGUGAAAAGAUGAUCUGUCGAAAAUGUUACGCACGUUUGCAUCCGAAGGCCACUAAUUGCCGCAAAAGAAAGUGUGGACACACAAGUAAUGUAAGGCCCAAAAAGAAACUUCGUUAGUCCAUAAUUGAAGCAAAUAAAUUUUCCUCGGAA